AUGACAGCCUCCGUGCUCCUCCACCCCCGCUGGAUCGAGCCCACCGUCAUGUUUCUCUACGACAACGGCGGCGGCCUGGUGGCCGACGAGCUCAACAAGAACAUGGAAGGGGCGGCGGCGGCGGCGGCGGCGGCAGCGGCGGCUGCGGCCGGGGCCGGGGGCGGGGGCUUCCCCCACCCGGCGGCUGCGGCCGCGGGGGGCAACUUCUCGGUGGCUGCGGCGGCCGCGGCGGCCGCGGCGGCCGCAGCCAACCAGUGCCGCAACCUGAUGGCGCACCCGGCGCCCCUGGCGCCCGGCGCUGCGGCCGCCUACAGCAGCGCGCCCGGGGAGGCGCCCCCGUCGGCCGCCGCCGCUGCUGCCGCCGCCGCCGUCGCUGCAGCAGCGGCGGCGGCGGCGUCGUCCUCGGGAGGACCGGGCCCGGCGGGCCCAGCGGGCGCCGAGGCCGCCAAGCAGUGCAGUCCCUGCUCGGCGGCGGCGCAGAGCUCGUCGGGGCCCGCAGCGCUGCCCUACGGCUAUUUCGGCAGCGGCUACUACCCUUGCGCCCGCAUGGGCCCGCACCCCAACGCCAUCAAGUCGUGCGCGCAGCCCGCCUCGGCCGCCGCCGCCGCCUUCGCGGACAAGUACAUGGACACCGCCGGCCCCGCGGCCGAGGAGUUCAGCUCCCGCGCCAAGGAGUUCGCCUUCUACCACCAGGGCUACGCGCCCGGGCCUUACCACCACCAUCAGCCCGUGCCUGGCUACCUGGAUAUGCCGGUGGUGCCGGGCCUCGGGGGCCCCGGAGAGUCGCGCCACGAGCCCCUGGGUCUUCCCAUGGAAAGCUACCAGCCCUGGGCGCUGCCCAACGGCUGGAACGGCCAAAUGUACUGCCCCAAAGAGCAGGCGCAGCCUCCCCACCUCUGGAAGUCCACUCUGCCCGAUGUGGUCUCUCAUCCCUCAGACGCCAGCUCCUACAGGAGGGGGAGAAAGAAGCGCGUCCCUUACACCAAGGUGCAAUUAAAAGAACUCGAACGGGAAUACGCUACAAACAAAUUCAUUACCAAGGACAAACGGAGGCGGAUAUCAGCCACCACGAAUCUCUCCGAGCGGCAGGUUACAAUCUGGUUCCAGAACAGGAGGGUCAAAGAGAAAAAAGUUAUCAACAAACUGAAGACCACUAGUUAAUGGAUUAAAAGUGGAGCUAGAGGGCAACUUGAAGAAAUGCUUCAGAACUCGUUGCUUUGUCUAGAUAAUGAUUAUAAUGCUAAUAAUAAUUGAAGAAUGGGAAAGAG